AUGGCUAGAAAGUUUGUUUGUGAGUUAUCCAGAGCUGCCGGGACGUUUCCUAUCCAAGGCGGGCUCAGGGUCUCAGACCCUGAGCCCGCCUUGGAUAGGAAACGUCCCGGCAGCCUGCAGGGGCAGGAAGGGGAGAGUCACACCCCCCGAAAAGACAGCACUGUUAACAAACAGCCGGAGCCCACUCCACGUAGAGCCGGCACUGUAAUUAGAAAGCAGCCACAGCUAACCUCACCCACCUUCCACCCCCCACUGCCUCCUCUGGAAGCCGGGGGUCCUGCCCAGCCUGAGCCCCCGCCCCAGCUCCUGUCCUCGGCUGCAGAGGCUGAGCAGCCCCGCCUGAGUGGUGCUAGUAGUGGUGGUGGUGUUGGUGGGGGGCUCCAGGUAGCUACAGUGCAGCCUCAGGUUGUAGCCCAGCUCAGCGCAGAGGAAAGCAGCCCAGCCCGUGAGCUCAUGUCCACCCCCCCUCCCCAGUGGAAUGGUUCGGUCCAUCUCUCAGUAGGCACCCCUCAUUCCCAGGGUGGAUCCAGGGGGCCUAGUCCGCACAUGGUUCGAAGAGGCACCAAGAAGCAGGCCCCCGCCCCACCAAAACAAUUCAGCCCCUUCCUUUCUCAGCUCAGCAACACACAGACAUCCAGCUCCACUCAUCAUCCACCCAUCACCCCCAGACGCCACACCGUCAAAGAAAGCCCUAUCCAAGCCCCGAGCCACCCGCCCCCCCAGCCUCCUCCAGCCCACCAGGCACAGGGGGAGUCGGAGCCCUCUCCCCCCAGGACUCCCACCCCCCCUGACAGUCCACAUCAUGAAGGGCCGCACUCCAACCAGCAUUCCUUCCACCACUCUGGGUCCCUCCCUCGCCCCUCCAGGCCGGCACCCAAGCCACGCCCCCGACCCAACAUGCCGCCGCCCCCACAACCUGCAGCAAAUGACGCAGAUGGCAUCUUUGGCUCCGCCUCCAAGGUCAUAACAGACGGAAACCUUUCCCUAAAGGGGAUUGGACGAGCCUUCAUCCCUGAGGUGAUUGCGGACCAACCAGGGGAGAGCUCUGCUGGUCAAGAGCCCGCCCCCACCCCAGUGCUGCAACCAGACCCUCAGUUCCAGACAGAGUACACAGCUCUGUGAAGAUAAAGAGGGAUCGCUGUCAUCCAAAUUCUCUCUCACUCAGCUGGUCCGUGUAAAAGAUGUUAAUGUUUAGAAUAAAAUAUCAGAAAGGUAACUGAACUCAUUUGUUACCCCAGCUCGUCAUGCUCCACUCAUGUAAAAACAGCUGCCUUUUCUUCUGUUUUGCUCAAACCAGAACCACAAAACGCCUGUUCAGCUAGUACAUUGCAUAUCAAGCGCUCCUUUCGUUUAAACUGCAGGGUAUUUUAAGAUUGGACUGCUGAGCAAUAGCAUCAAGCCUCAAUUUAUACUUAUAAAUAUAAACGCAUACUGUAGCAGCUAAACUGAAAGGGUGCUAAGCUUUCUCUUCACUCUUUUUUUACAACUUAAAGUUGAAUGCUAUGAAUGUUUUCAGAUAAAAAAUUGAGAACCUCGCUCUAGCACAACAUACAGUAGUCAAGAAUAUUUUAUUUUAGUCAGCAUAGUUGUGGGGAGAGAUUGUAGUGUGAGCCAGUCAUUGCCAGUGAUCUAUUUAUCAGUUUCCAAUUUGUCAAGCUCCAGAGGCUUUUUAAUAAUUUUCACACACCUCAGGUCUCCAUUAAACAUACCAGUGUAAAGAACCAAAGAAAUAAAUAUGGACCAAUGGAAAUAUAAUGAAAAUGUAGAGCUGCCCAGCCUCUGUUUAUGGUUGUUAAUGACCAAAUGUUUUGUGCAAUAUAAAAACAAAUUGUCUUUCAAUGGUAUCCUCUCCACAGCAAAUAUGCUGUCAUUUUUGUAAUUGUAAUAAUCCAGUGGGGUAGGAUUUUACUUUUUGUUUUCUAUCUGAAUAUAACUCUAUUCCAAAUGACCGGAUUGACCAAGUUUUUUAAAUGGGUUUAAAGCUCAAUGAGUAUAUUUUUUAUCAUUAAAAGGGAUUUUUUUUUUAACAGAUUGAUGUGAUGCAUGUUUUCAAUACAUAGCUUGUAACUGAUCACUCCAAUUUACGCUCAAAGCUAAGACCAAAUACAGCCGAUUAUUUCUUUGUGUAUAAUUUUCACCAUGGCUGACAAUCUUACCUUGAUAGGAUGAUUUUCAGCUCUUUUACUUCUUCUAAGCAUUUUAAUGAUGGCUUUUCUGCACAUAAUGCAUCCUACAAUGCAUCAUUACUCUUUAUAAUUAAAGGUGUUCAACAUUUUAAA